AUAUGCAUGGGAGGCAUUGUGUGGUUGCCAAACUCAAAGCACAUUGGGUCUUAUCUCUCUCUAACACACAUACACACAAACUCACAUAUAGAGAUGGGUGAAGGUAUGAUUGGAGUGAGAGUAGUAGAAAAAUAUUCACCGGUCAUAGUGAUGGUGAUGUCAAACGUAGCGAUGGGUUCGGUGAAUGCACUUGUGAAGAAAGCUCUUGAUGUUGGUGUGAACCAUAUGGUCAUUGGUGCUUAUCGAAUGGCUAUUUCCGCUUUCAUUUUGGUUCCCUUUGCCUAUAUCUUGGAAAGGAAAACAAGACCACAGAUAACGUUUAGGCUAAUGAUCGAUCAUUUCGUCAGUGGCCUUCUCGGGGCGAGUUUGAUGCAAUUUUUCUUUUUGCUUGGUCUGUCGUACACGUCAGCAACUGUUUCGUGUGCUUUGGUAAGCAUGUUGCCUGCAAUCACCUUCGCUUUGGCCCUUAUUUUCAGGACUGAAAAUGUAAAGAUUCUAAAGACCAAAGCAGGAAUGUUGAAGGUGAUUGGAACUUUGAUAUGUAUAAGUGGAGCUUUGUUCUUAACAUUUUACAAAGGCCCACAAAUAUCAAACUCUCACUCUCACGGAGAGGCUUCCCACAACAAAAACGAUCAAGACAACGCCAAUAAUUGGCUUCUUGGAUGUCUUUACUUAACCAUAGGAACUGUGUUGCUAUCUCUAUGGAUGUUGUUUCAAGGGACUUUAAGUAUUAAGUACCCUUGCAAAUACUCGAGCACUUGUCUUAUGUCAAUCUUCGCGGCAUUCCAAUGUGCUCUCUUGAGUCUUUACAAAAGCAGAGACGUUAAUGAUUGGAUCAUCGAUGAUAGAUUCGUGAUCACCGUCAUCAUAUACGCUGGAGUGGUAGGACAAGCAAUGUCGACGGUAGCAACAACAUGGGGGAUAAAGAAAUUAGGAGCUGUGUUCGCAUCGGCAUUUUUUCCACUUACUCUCAUUUCGGCUACUCUAUUUGAUUUCCUAAUUUUACACACUCCUUUAUACCUUGGAAGUGUGAUUGGAUCACUAGUGACCAUAACGGGUCUCUACAUGUUUUUGUGGGGCAAGAACAAAGAAACGGAAUCAUCAACUGCAUUGUCUUCUCGAAUGGAUAAUGAAGCUCAAAAUAUUAAUAAGGAUAACGACUCUAAGUCGCCCGUUUAAUUUAAAUAUUGUUGUUAAUGUAUGUUUCAAAUAACUGUUAUGUUCUUGUUAAUGUUUGAGGUCAGGGAAUGAGAGAUAAAAUAUUCUAAUUCGAAGUCUGGAACUCGAAACAUUAACAUAGAGAUUUGUGAAAUAUUCAUCCAUUAUUAAUUUAUCACGAUA